CAGGGGAAAAAAGGCAGCUUCGCCCCCACGCUUUGCACUCCGGACAAUUAGCCGCCCGCGACUGGCUGUGCCCGGCGCGGGUCUUAAUUCGGGGAGCCCCCCUCGGCCUCGGCCCAGCAUGCCCUGCCCUAGCGCUGGCCCUCCCGGCUUCCUGGCCCUCUUGGCCCCUGGACUAGCGCUGCUGGCUCACCUCUCGCUCCCCUCGCAAGCCGGGGUGAGGCGCCUUCCCGCCGGGACUGGCCCGCAGGGCGCCCCGGGCCGGACGCUCAUCCUCCUGGACGUGAGCGCCAGGAGCCCCCUCCGCGUCACCAGCGAGAACUUCCUCUCGCUGCAGCUGGAUCCCUCCAUCCUCCACGACGGCUGGCUGGACUUCCUCAGCUCCCGGCGCCUGGUGACCCUGGCUCGUGGCCUGGCGCCCGCCUUCCUCCGCUUCGCCGGCAAGAGGACCGACUUCUUGCAGUUCCAGAACGUGAAGAACCCUGCCAAGAGUCGAGGCGGACCCGGACCCGACUACUACCUCAAGAACUACGAGGACGACAUCAUUCGCAGUGAUAUUGCCUUGGAUAAACAGAAAGGCUGCAAGAUUGCCCAGCACCCAGAUAUCAUGUUGGAGCUACAGAGGGAAAAGGCAGCUCAGAUGCACCUGGUUCUCCUCAAGGAGCAGUUUUCCAACACUUACACCAAUCUCACACUAACAGCCAGGUCUCUAGACAAACUCUAUAAUUUUGCUGACUGUUCUGGCCUCCACCUCAUCUUUGCAUUGAACGCACUGCGCCGGAACCCCAACAAUUCCUGGAACAGCUCCAAUGCCCUCAGCUUGCUCAAGUACAGUGCCAGCAAGAAGUACAACAUCUCCUGGGAGUUGGGCAAUGAACCAAAUAACUACCGCACCCUGACAGGGCGAGCAGUAAAUGGUACUCAGUUGGGCAAAGACUACAUGCAACUGAAGAGCCUGUUGCAGCUGAUCCGCACCUACUCCAGAGCCAGCUUGUAUGGGCCCAACAUUGGGAGGCCUAGGAAGAACGUUGUGGCCCUUCUAGAUGGGUUCAUGAAGGUGGCAGGGAACACAGUGGAUGCUGUUACCUGGCAACAUUACUACCUUGAUGGCCGAGUGGCCAAGGUGACGGACUUCCUGAAAACGCGCCUGUUAGACACACUCUCUGACCAGAUCAGGAAAAUCCAGAAAGUUGUCAAUGCACAUGUGCCUGGAAAAAGGAUUUGGCUCGAGGGCAUCGGAGCCACCUCUGAAGGAGGCAUCACCAACCUCUCAGAUUCCUAUGCUGCCAGUUUCCUGUGGCUGAACUCUCUUGGGAUGUUGUCCAGUCAGGGCAUUGAUGUAGUAAUGCGUCACUCAUUUUUUGACCAUGGGCACAACCAUCUUGUGGACCAGAACUUCAACCCUUUGCCGGAUUACUGGCUCUCCCUGCUCUACAAGCGACUUGUCGGGCCCAGGGUGCUCUCUGUGCAUGUGGCCGGGCUGCAGAGGAAACCUCGACUUGGCAGGGUGAUCCGUGAUAAACUGCGCAUCUAUGCUCAUUGCACCAGCUACUACAACCACAACUAUGUCCGCGGCUCCAUCACACUUUACAUCAUCAACCUGCACCGGUCCCGGAAGAAAAUCAAGCUGGUGGGAACCCUUCGUGACAAGCUUGUCCAUCAGUAUGUGCUGCAGCCCUAUGGGCAGGAAGGGCUACACUCUAGGUCAGUGCAGCUUAAUGGGCAGCCGCUCACCAUGGUGGACGACGGGACUUUGCCCACGCUGAAGCCUCGCCCCCUCCGCCCUGGCCGGACCCUGGUCAUCCCACCGCUCACGAUGAGCUUCUAUGUGGUGAAGAACGUUAAUGCCCUGGCCUGCCGAUACCGGUAGCUCCACCCACCCCACUGCCAAGGACAGACCUGCUAGGCCUCGGGGUGGGGGCAUCUGCUGCCAAGGGCUUCCUUCUUGGGUAGACUAGGCAGGUAGCACAGAGAAAGGAGACUGAAGAAUCGCUAUGGGUGCCCGCAAGCACUGGGCAUCCGUGGAUGGCGUGUGGUUAUGAUGUCAACAACACCAUAUGCAGUGGCUCCUCCUCCAUAAUGAAUUAGGAGAGAAAGAGGGGGGGGUGUCAAAGUCAGAUCCACCCCCCUCUUAUGGAAAAAGCAUUAAGCCAGAGUCAAGAGGAAUUGCCCAGCAAGCUGUCCCACUGAAGGAUGGAGCACUGAGUUGCUGCUUCAGAAACUUGGAAGAGCACAGAAACCUGAACCUUCUGCAAAAUGACAGAUCCAGGGAAGCUGCACAGAGCAUCCUGCCCUUGACAGCCUGGGAAACGUCUUAAACCCUGUGCAGAGAUGACGAUCAUAUAGUGGAGACAUUGUGCCACCUUGUGGGCAGGCGGAAAGGCUCUGAUAGAAAUAGGAGGCCCUGGCUUUAUUUGCUGAACACAUGCAAGGGCAGGAUGCAGAACUGAUCAAAAGGAAAAGCCUCAGAAUCAUCCUGGGCCCCUUCAGCUUUAGUACUGUAUUCCUUUGGGCGCUGCUCCCUCUGCUGGCAACUGGCAGUAGAACAAGCUAUGCAGCUGUCGGGCAUUGGAUGGAGCACACUGGCUAUGCAAACAGAGGCAGUUGCACAUGGCGCUACGAGGCAUGUGCGCAUGCAGGAGCCAAAAUAGCCUCAUAUAGAAAUAAGCAGCCAGUUGGUCUGCAGGAGAAAGAUGUGCAGCAUAUGUCCAUCCAGAUCAGACGAGCCACUGGGGUGUCUGCAGCUGUUUUGAGUCCUGUGGCAUUGUGGGGUGGGGGAAGAAGAGGUUUGGUCUUGGCUACUGUCAAAUUAUGCUGCCUUCUGGGAGCAUUUGCUGUAAAUGUUAAUUAUUAAAUUAUAUUUUCUGAAGAACUCUAAAAGAUC